GUGACACAUGCAAUUCGACGAAAGCGUCGUGAAUCGUUGGCAAUAAAGCGGGAAACUCGGGCCACAAGAGUUGUUGCUGCUAUACUUGUUGCAUUUUUGAUUUGUUGGAUCCCGUAUUUUUGCAUAACGGUGUAUCGCGGUAUCUGCACUGGGCUCAGUAUUCCAGUCAACAAGCGCCUGCAUGUUAGCUUAUUCAUGGUUUCAUCCUGGCUUGGCUAUGCUCAUUCGUGCUUCAAUCCAAUCAUCUAUACAUGCUUAAAUAAGAGCUUCCGGCGUACGAUCAGGCGAAUGUUUUGCUGCUGCCGCGGCAGAACUUGCAAAAACUGA